UUUACUAGAUGAUGUGGGAAUGGACAUCCCUUUUGAUGCAGCAGAAAGCAGACCUGAACCACCAAAUUCGUUGGAUCUAAAUGGCUCCCAUACUAGAAAGAUAAAGCUUACAGCUCCGAACAUAAACCUUUCUUUGGACCACAGUGAAGGAUCUAUUCUCUCUGAUGACAACAUUGACACUCCAGAUGAGUUGGACAUCAAUGUAGAUGAUCUAGAUACCCCCGACGAAGCGGACUCAUUUGAUUACACAGGACAUGAUGAUCGCCCUGCUCUUGGGGAAUCUAUGCAAGAGGGUUGUGCAUCUAUCAAGGAGUACACAGCUGAGGAGGAGCGAGAGGAUAAUCGGCAAUGGAGAACUGUAGUGAUUGGCGAGCAGGAGCAGAGGAUUGACAUGAAAGCCAUUGAACCUUAUAAAAAAGUUAUUUCACAUGGAGGCUAUUACGGUGAGGGUAUAAAUGCUAUCAUUGUGUUUGCUGCCUGUUUUCUGCCUGACAGCAGCCGAGCUGACUACAACUAUGUCAUGGAAAACCUUUUUCUAUAUGUCAUAAGUACUCUGGAACUUAUGGUGGCAGAAGACUAUAUGAUUGUCUACUUAAAUGGGGCGACCCCAAGAAGAAAAAUGCCUGGUUUAGGAUGGAUGAAAAAAUGCUACCAAAUGAUCGAUAGGCGGUUAAGAAAGAACUUAAAAUCAUUCAUAAUUGUUCAUCCAUCAUGGUUCAUCAGGACAAUUUUAGCACUGACAAGGCCUUUUAUAAGCUCAAAGUUCAGCAGUAAGAUAAAAUAUGUCUCCACAUUAGCAGAGCUGCGAGAAAUGAUUCCAAUGGACCAUGUCCAUAUUCCAGAGAAUAUUGUCAAGUAA